ACGCCUAGCAAUGCUUGCAUGCCGCACGCGUGACUGAAACGAACAUGCCUGGCAAGACGUACCGUGCUCGCACUUCUCCGCAGGUGGGCGACAGUGCGCAUGCGCAAGCGAAUGCCACGUGGUUAAGCAGUGAGGUGAAGCGCUCGUUCAGGGCCAGGAGCGGCGUAAGGACGCAUGAAGGUAGCUUUGGAGCUACCUUAUGCUGAGGAAGCACCAAGGAAGCCUUCACCGAGGGCCCCUCAUGACCAAGUACCAGCCCUGCUUUGAGUGGGUGACGUGCUUCCAGAACCGGCUGCCCUACCACGCUUUGAGCGCGGGAGAGUUGGACGGCCACAAAGUGUACGUCGCGCGCGCGGUGCACGAAGGCGAAACGCUCAUCGGCUGGGCUCAGCCCGACGUCGCCUGCUGCUACGUCAGCUGGGCGGGCGAGGCGCACUCGCACGAGGAGUACCAGUGCUUGGCGACGGAGACCCCGGAAAAAUUGCACUGGGUGCCAGCCGCCGAAGGAGAUGUGCCCAAUGGCGCCUUGCAAGGCGGCAGCACAGCCGACGGCGAGCAGUUGUUCAUCGGCCGCGUACAGAGCGGUGACAACGUGCUCGUUGGAAAGGUGCAGCCCAGCCACAAGGUCCUCUACGUAGCGCACGAAGGCCAGGAGCUGAAAUUCGACGAAUACGAGGUCCUAGUCUGCAAGAAGCUCGAGCUGUGCUAGCUCGCUACGUCUGAGCUUCAACGCUGUAAGCAGGGACACAAGCUCGGAAAGAAAGUUAUACCUGCUACCAAGAAUAUUAAUAAACUGUCAAGCAUA